UAACUUUACUGUACACAUACAUGUACAUGUGGGAAGAAGAUGAGUGGAGUAUCAGAGAAGAUUGGUUCUGUUUCUGAAGAGAAGAAAAGGAGUGGGUCCCUGUCACUAAGCAGAGGGAACUCUCUCAGGAGUAAUGGCGGGGAGAGACCCAGUUCCAGGGCUAGCUCCUCAACGAGCAGUCGAUUAACGAGAGAAGAAGUAUCCUCAAUAUACAGUUACAAUGGAGGCGAGGAGGAGGAGGAGAGAGAGGAGGCGCUGGAAGACUUCUGUCGAAACAUAUUUGAUAUCUGUGACACUGACAAUGAUGGAUUCAUAACAAUAAACGAGUUGUUGUGUCACUGUGACGACACAUUCUUAAUGAACACACUGAUUGAAGCUUUAGGAACGGACCAGGAUAGUGGUGGGCGUGGCUCCGAUGGUAAAUUAUCAUUUGAAGAGUUUCGUGUUGGCCUUGAGCGAGUGAGUGAAUUAUUACUGAGAGAUGAGCUGGACCAAUCAACACCAGAGAGGAACAAGAAAGAUAAUUCGAGUGGUUCCACUGUUGUAUCUGAUAAUUAUAUCAACGGCACAGUCCUGGUCUACGAAUCAGAUGGGGUCACUAACGAGGAGGCGUGGCUGAAAGCAAUGUCACGUAUUGAUCCUCAUGAACACUUGUCAAAGAAUGAAGAACUAAAGACUAUGUGGACUGAACUCUCAUCGCAGGAUCCUUCUCUAUUGGAUCGGUUUGAAGGGUUUCUAUCAAUGGUAGUGACUGACCUUGAGAAGAGUCAAACUGAAGUUGAGACGAUUCAAUCAAAAAUCAGAAAGUUGUUGACUGAUCAGAGCAGAGAAGCUCAUGAAAUGGAUGAUAUACUACAAGAACAACUAAUGGAAGCCAGAGAUAAACAAGAGAAGAAGUCUCAGGAAGUAUCUGACCGUAUUAGUACUCAUUACCAAGAGCUCUUAGAGGAGAGAGAGGCACUGAUAGUGAAACUGUCAGAGAAGGAACAAACACUGAGAACCUUCCUAGAGGAGAAGACUCUAGCAGAACUGGAGCUGAGGAAGGAAAAGCAAGAGCUAAUUACAUUGAAUCAGACUCUUAAGGAUCAGUUGUCGGAUUCUUAUCGUCAGUUAAGUGCUUCUCAACGUCAGCUACAGCUGAUAGCAGGGGCCCACCCUAGCAACGAGAGGGAGCAACAGUUGCAAUGGUUACCAGGGGAGGACCCACUGGUUGAGACAUCAAUUACUACAACAGAAUCAUUCAUAAUGAGGGGAAGCACUUCCCCUUCCUUAUCUCCAAGAGGCUCCAUCUCUCCUUCUCUCCAUUACAAUUCAUCAUGUCUUGCAGUUGAAGUGGAACAAGCUAUGAGGAAUAUUAGCCCUACCCAUGAGGCCACACCUAUUGAGACCACGCCCACCCCAGUUCCAACCCCUGAGGAGGAGAGGGUUGGUCUGCUGGCUCAUUAUAAUGAGGAGGAGGAGCUUAAAGGAAGAGCUAACGACUCAAAUAGUUCGAUUGUAUAUAACACUGUGAGUAAGGUCCAUGAGUCAGUUCCUGUUACUCCGGUACAUUUCAACGAUACUUCCUCUGGUUUCACUCUCUCUCAACUCAUUCCUCCUCGAGAGGAGAGACCACACCCACCACAGGCUGUAUCCAAUAGAUACGAUGCUAAUGCCACACCCUCUAGGGUCUUUAAAGUGGUUAUCCUUGGUGACAGUGGUGUAGGGAAGACAUCAAUAAUAAGACGUCUUUCCUCUCCAACCAGUGAGCCACUCCCAGCCCCCAGGAGCACACUAGGACUUGACUACAGCACUGCUCUAAUUAAUGCCCAGGAUGAGACAGUAGUGUUUCAAUUGUGGGACACUGCCGGUCAAGAAAGAUUUCAUUCAACAACUGCUGUUUAUUUUAAAAGAGCUGACGCCUUCAUCAUUGUUUAUGAUGUGACGUCUAAAAAUACAUUUGAGAGUGUUAAGGCAUGGAUCAACCUUGUUAAGGCUACCAUAAGGACGGAGCUCCCAGUCCUCAUGUUGAUGGGGAAUAAGUGCGACUGCAGGGAACUACGACAGGUCAAGAAGGAGGAGGGACAGAAGUUGGCUUUUGAAUUAAGAGCAUUGUUUUCAGAGACCAGUGCUAAGUCAGGGGACAAUGUCCUCCAGUCUCACACUACUCUGGCCAGUCUCCUCCUGGAGAGGGAGAAUCAAGAUAUGGAAGCUAUUAGGCGUUCAGCUCUGAGACUUGAUAAGAAUGAACAAAGAAGAAAAUGUAAAUGUUAAAAAUAAAAGAGAAUAUAAUAAUUUCCAUGGACAGACACAGUCAAGCAGUUCAGUUUUUAUUAUAAAAUAAAAUUUUACAUUUUUUGUUCUCAUCCUGUA